AAACACUGCUGUAAUGUCUCAUCCAACUUUUCCAAAUGUUACUUAAUGAGGCAAAUCGACAAAAGUAAGAAAAACAUAUCUUGGCAUGUGACAGAGCACUGAUUUGCAUUUUCCCUUUAAUUGUCCUAAAAUAUAAUUUUCAGUGUUUCAUAAGGUAACAACGAUAGGAGUGUCACACUAGGCUAACACAAUUGUUUACUCUAUGUCAACUCAGGCGACUGGGGAUGCCAAAUUGAUUGACAAGCAGGAUGCUAAUGGACACGCGCUGGAUUAUAACUCAAAUGUGGCUAGAGACACUUUGACAGUUACCUCUUGGACUGGGGAAAGCGGGACAACAUGGGACAUUGCAAAGUCUCCAUUAGGAAUAUCUCCUAAAUGUGGUUUAGGACCAUUGGAACUAACUGAUACAAGCCCUGUGGAUGUUCUGGCCACUAACAUUGGCUAUGAUUAUUUCCAAAAGAGCCCCAUGCAUGAAAAUGGAUAUGGGUCCCCGAAGGAAAAACAAAGGAAUGGAACAAAAAGUAUAGAUUUUACUCUUUGCCAGUAUAAAAAAAGUAUACAUCAAGCAUUAACAAAUAACUUUUCUUCCUCCUCGGAGGCUCUGGAUCCAGUCCUAAAGGAAAAAUGUGAAAGGGAGAAAAUUGAAGGCCUGAGUGCAGAGGAUUUUCUGAAAGACUGCAGCAAAACUGUGAACUCUGAAUUCUCCAAAGUUAUUCCUCUUAAACCACAAAGAUCCAAAAAAUCUUUGAAUAAAGACAACAAAGGUGGUGCGAACCCUCAAAACCAGUCCGAGUGGUGCAUCGUUGGGGAUACUUCAAUGACACAAUCAAAAGACGAAUCCUGUGAGACGACAAGGAGAGGAGAGGAAAACAAUGGACUGCAGUCCCCCAAAGGUGAAGUACAUGAAGACUCAGCAACUACAAAAUACCAGAGUAGUCCUGGACCGCCAAAUCAACAAGACUUUAGACAACUCAGGGAUGCGACAAGUCCAACGCUGAAAGGUGGUGAGCAACAGGAAUACUUUAAAGAGAGUCCUAUUUCUCGAUCCACAUUCCCUACUGUUCCCCCACGCACACUUCCUCUGAAAAAGCAGUGGUCCAGAGACCGACAUGGCAACACGGACUGCACCCUCAUCCACUUCAGAACCUACCAAGACACCACCAAGAGGAAGCAAGCGGUAAAACACCCACAGCCCCCUGUCCAUCAUGGGAAAGUAAAACAUUGCAUGAGCUUGAUCGCAAUGUCAUGCAAAUCUUGUUUUUGCCAUUUUAAAGUCAACCAAAAAUCACACUCAUACUUCAGAACUCAUAUGGCUGAGAAAGCAAAAGCCAUUGAUCGACCUAAGUCCUCUCCACGGUCCAGCAAGCUUUUUGCUUUCUUUUUUCUGCCCCCUGCAAAGCUUGACAUCUGCUUGGCCAUAUCAGAACACCGCGGGCCUUGGCACUAAGGUCUCGUUAGCCUUCCAACAUCCAAAGGUGGCUGCUGUUGCAAGGAGGGCAAGGCUUUUUCCCCAACAUUCUUUCUUGAAAAUAUACCAGUAAAUAGGCUGUGAAACUAAAUGUCCUGCCCAGCACCUCUGUACUAACGGUAGAAAACAUACAAUCAUCAAUUAGAUAAGGUCACAGGCUGCAGAGCUGCCAAACCUUUCUGGGUUCAGGCAUUCAUACAUCCCAUUUCCAAAUGAACAAAUUUCCCUGGAAAAGGGUUAUUCUAAAAAUGGAACGGUUCAGUGCAUGACAUUACAGUUCUUUUUUAAGUGAAAAAUAGCAUGUUUCUGACUGGAACCUGAGUGAGGAAUUCUCUUUGUGUGCUUGUUUUCUGCCUGAAACUUCAAUGGAUGAAUACCCAUGCAUUAAACAAACACUAAGCAUUACCAACUUCUCUUAUGAAAUCCCAUUGUUUUUGAUAAUUUGCCAUGAGAAUUCAUUUUGGAAUGCAAUUCGGUAUUGUUUGUAUAUU